CUGACUGAAGAUGAUAGCGAAAUUUUUCCUAAAUGCGAUAUAACCUUGGAAACAGGUAUCUCAGUCAUUUUUAAAUAAUUUUGGGAACAGGUGAUACGGUUAUCCGAAAUGCGCAAAUGCAAACGACCAUUUAGCAUCGGGUCUUUAAAAUAUGGACACAAAACUAUAGGAGAAUCUUAUUGCCGGUAUGUUUCCAACUUCGAAUUACAGUUUAGCGCUUGGAAAAUCACAACCAUUGAGAACUAAUGCCGAAUGUCCAGGAUUGACAGCUUUAAAUGCAGUUUUGGGAGUGUCGUGUUUUUACGGCACUGCCGCGAACUUGAUCAUUCUAAUUUUUACGAUUUUAAAGCAUCGCCAUCAGGGUUUAACGCCAGAUAGAAUACUGAUUACAAAUUUUGCAGGCGUCGAUCUCAUGGCGUGUUUUAUCAGUCUACCACUUCAUGUAAGAGCUAUAAACAGUCAAUCGAGUAUUGCAGAUAACCCUAUAUGCUUGUCAAGGUUUUUCACGAUGUUCACUUGUUUUGCUGUGAACAUCAUGACACUGGCUGUCAUAAGUAUAGACCGCUAUGACGCCAUCUGCCGCGCGCCUUUGCGUGAAAUAACUUGCAAGAAGACCGCAUAUUUCCUUGUCUUCAUUUGGUUGUUUGCAAGUUGUACCGCUGCAGCCGGGGGAACAGGACAUAUCCUUACUGCCGUACGGGGCGAACACGCCUGCUACAGCCCCGGACGAGACGUCUCCUCUCAUGCAAUCAUUGGCAAGACAGUGAUGAUUGCCGUCGUUUCUCUGUGGAUCUUGCCUUCUCUUGCAAUUGUGUUUUACAGAUUCUACGCCAUUCGAAAAUACGUUCAGGAUCACUCAACCCAUUUGCGAGACACUCUGGGUGUUUCAGUGGUAAAAAGAGAAGUCAAACUCACCAAGAUUUGCAUCGUAAUGAUCACAACAUAUCUUAGUUUAUGGGUAAUGUUUGCACUCAUGGUGUUAUUAAGAAACAGGUUCUCCUCUUUGGAAGUUCAUUGUGCGUAUCUAUGGUCGUAUUCCUUGGCUUACUCCAGUUUCACCGUCGUACCAGUCGAGUACAUGAUUCUUGACAAAAGAAUUCUGGCUUAUAUUUGGCGAGAAUGCGCGCGGAGAAGAACAGCAAAGGUUUCAGUGGAACUGGCCGCGACUAAUCAUGAAGGAGGCGAAACAAACACUUGAUUGACGAAAAAAGUAAAUCGUAUUUGGAAUUGAUUUAAAAGCUUUUACUACUCUAAGAAAAUGAAAUUUUCGCGCUUUCAUUUCUUACACAGCGGACUUUAAUUUUACGAGGCCACAAGAGGCCUACAGUUUCCCCACGUGUCCCUCACAGUUUUCGUCCUAAAUUUUGAUGACCACAAUUUCUGGUUAUUUGGGUGCUAAGAGGCUUGAUUGUUUCUCUUUUUCAUUUCUAAAGUGCUCAAUAUU